AUGGUAUCUUCUAAAGUCUGGUUCGUUAUACUACAAAUAUGUAUCUGCCUGGCUGAUGAUAAACCCAGCGAUAUACAAUUACAAGCUGUGGAAGUGGUUUUCACAACAAAUGGUACUAGGGACAUUGAUAGUAUAGAGGUGCUCGAUACAAAAAGCACUGUUCUGGAAUACACUUUGUUCACGAACACCACGCGAGACUAUUUUGUUAUAAAGCCGAGCAGCCAACACUUUGCUUAUAAAGACACUCUCACCAUAUCUUUUAAAUACAAGAAUGUGAAAGUAACUCCCGAACCAUCUACAUCAUCACCACCAACACCAAAAACAACACCAACACCAACACCAAAACCAACACCAACAGCAUCGUUCAAUGCCACUAUCACGAUCAAACCUGAUUCAAAAAACCCAAUAUCGACAGCUUCAUCUUCAACAAAUUGCGAUGUUGCUUAUUCGGAACCUUCUACUGAUUUAGGCAAAAACGUUACUGUUACGCUCACAUACUCACUUAUUGCCAGAACAACAACAACUCAAAAAGUAAACAAACACACUUCAGCAGUCGUAGUCGCCGUAAUAGAGGGUUUGAUAAUAGCAGCAAUAAUAUUUGUGUUCUUGUACAAGACAUACAACAAGAUGAAGUUGAGAACUGCAGGGAUGCCUUAUAAUGACAACAACAUCAACUCUGCGUUUUCAUCGAAUUUGAACAAUCAUGAUUUUUAUAGUAAUAACCACUCCUCAAGAUCAAAUAAUCCUGUUGUACAGUCUCCAGACUACAGAUACAACCAACCUUUGGAAAUGAGCAAUCAUGCAAGUCCUAGUCAACUUCCCAGAGGCCCAACACGAACAGAAUCUCAAACCCCAACUCUAGUGCCAGUAAGUACAAACCACACACAACCACAACCACAAGGGGAAGAUCCCUUACGAGCAUGGGAACUACAUUAA